CCUGCCUCCCUCUCUGCAUCUGACAGUGUCCCUCCCUCUUUCUCUCUCCUCCUCCUCCUCCUCCUCCUUCUCUCAUUAGGCUUUUCACCGGCAAAACACCGACACACUCCCUUUCCCCUGUUAACCGGGGAAUAAACACGGAGAGACGAGGAUCAGCAGCGGGAUUGACCUCCAUCCAUGGUCCUCCUCUGGAUGUCUGUCUGACAGGAGGGUUGGUGUUACUUUGCUGAAGAGACAGAGGCAGGCCCUGAGUCGGAGGUGAAGAGAGCAAGACAGGAGUCCUCCCAGACAGCAGGGGGCAGCGGCAGACAUGCAGGACUCAGCCUCGGACAGCAAGAUGGCCAAACAGGAACAGAACUCCAAGUAUCUGGAUGAACACAGAGAAACAGACGACAUGUCAGAGAAGACGUCCCCAAACAAGAACCUCAAAUCUCCCCAGAAAGGCUCCAAACGACUUAAAACUGCCCCCUUCAAAGUGACCCUGCUGGACACCUCCGAGUACGAAGGAGAAAUUGAGAAACACUCCAAAGGACAGACCCUGAUGGACAUGGUGUGCGAGCACCUCAACUUGUUGGAGAAGGAUUACUAUGGUCUGACCUUUGCUGACACAGACACCCAGAAGAAUUGGUUGGACCCCUCCAAGGAGAUCAAGAAGCAGAUGCGCAACUCUUCGUGGAACUUUGCCUUCGCUGUCAAGUUCUACCCUCCAGACCCCUCCCAGCUCACUGAGGAUAUUACCAGAUACUACCUGUGUCUGCAGCUGAGGGAUGACAUGCUGUCAGGACGACUGCCGUGCUCGUUCGUCACUCACGCCCUCCUGGGCUCCUACAGCGUUCAAGCCGAGCUGGGGGACUACGACCUGGACGACCACGGUACCGACUACGUCAGCGAUUUCCGCUUCGCCCCCAAUCAGACUCGCGAGUUGGAGGAGAGGGUGAUGGAGCUCCAUCGAAACUACAAGGGGAUGACUCCAGCAGAGGCUGAAAUUAACUUCUUGGAGAAUGCGAAGAAACUGUCCAUGUACGGGGUGGAUCUCCAUCACGCUAAGGAUUCUGAAGGGAUUGAAAUAAUGUUGGGUGUUUGUGCCAACGGCCUGCUGAUUUACCGCGACAGGCUGAGGAUCAACCGCUUCGCCUGGCCAAAGAUCCUUAAGAUCUCCUAUAAGAGGAGCAACUUCUACAUCAAGAUACGACCUGGAGAGUAUGAGCAGUUUGAAAGUACAAUCGGUUUUAAGCUUCCUAACCACAGAGCUGCCAAGAGGCUGUGGAAGGUCUGCAUCGAGCAUCACACCUUCUUCAGGCUGGUGUCUCCAGAACCUCCUCCUAAGGGCUUCUUGGUGAUGGGAUCAAAGUUUCGGUACAGUGGAAGGACACAGGCUCAAACCAGACAGGCCAGCGCUCUUAUAGACCGGCCUGCUCCACACUUUGAGCGUUCCACCAGCAAGAGGUACCUGCUCUCCAGGAGCUUGGACGGAGCUGAACUCAUGUUACCAGCAGAGUUCUCGCGGCCGGUCUCAGCCAUGUGUGAGAACCACGACGGCCUAUCCCACCGCAGCAUGAGUGAGCAGCGUCGCCUCCACAGCCCCUCUGUGGACGAGCAGGAGACCGAGCUGGAGCCUAGUGUGGAGCAGGACGAAGAAGACAAGGACCGAGAGCGGGACGAGGAGACGGACCAAGAAUAUGACGGCAAUGUCUCUCCAAGCAGAAAGAAAGAGAUCCUGGAGGAGGCCGGGUCACCAGUUGACAGUAAACAGGAGUUGGACCAGGAGGCCACUCCUCGGCACAAACAGGAGUUUCUGGAUAAGUCCAAGGACGUCUUGCUGAAGCACCAGGCCAGCAUCAACGAGCUGAAGAGAGCCCUGAGGGAGCCAAACAGCAAGCUGUCGUACCGCGAGAAACGUCUGUCAGCCACCUCCCCGACUGGCACACCGGAGAAGAAGGCUUUGGUGGGCCGAGCAGCGGGAAAGGACCCUGUUAACAGCCUGUCUGUUGAGGGUUUCGUCCAGAAGACUGUGGUGACUUCACCUGAGGGCUCUGAGGAGUGGGUAUUGAUUGAAAAACAAGAAACUUAUCAACAGGACCUUGACUGGAAGGCAGAAGAAAAGAACAAAUCUCUCACACCGGAUUCCUCAUGGGAGAAAAAGGAGCUGGAAAAAGAGAUAGACGUUACCAAGCUGAUACAUAAAGAGGUAACAGGGUAUGACAGAAAAGAAAUGAAAAGCCAUAUUGAUGAUUUUCCAUCAACAAAACCAUCCAGAGAGGCAGAUGAGUGCUCUGAGCCACGACCGACUAACAAAAGUCGUUUUGUGAUUAAAUUAUCUGAGAAUGCAGACUCGCUUCAAGACAAAUCUCAAAGUAAACCAUCUCAAGCCUCAGACCCUGAGGCAAACAAUGAUGUGGCCCCGGGCUCGCACCAGAUAAAAGAACGCACGGCUUCUAAACCAAGGAAAAAGAGGAGACCCCAGAGCUUAAACCUGGGAAUGCCUGCCGAGCUCAUCUACAGGAAAGGAAGUAGCGAUUCUACUGAAGAAGAAAACGAGGGCUCAGACUCGGACAACAGUCCAGAAAAAACCUCUGAAACAGGAAAUCAUUGCGAAUCGUCCCCGGAGGAGAUGAUGAAAGAUGAUGAGGGAUCAGGAAAGGAUGAGUCUGUCAGGGUUUAUAAAGACGACCAGCAAGAGGACAUAUCAAUAGGAGAAAGCAGGGAGGUCUCCACUCAAGAAACAGAGCAGGUAAAGAGAAAGGUUGAGCCAGCUGAUAUCGAUCUAGGCUCAGUGAACGGACCCGGAAAGAUAGAACAUGAUAGUUCAUUAGCAGGUGUUAAAGGGGAGUGUGCGACGAAGGUGCGAGGGCGAGGCCUUAUUGACAACAAAGAGCUAGCUGAGGUAAAGCUGCGACAGGUCAGGACCCAUGAGAGGAAGAUCAGUAGUUCUGGGGUAGAGGAUAUUGAGGGUUUCAUGGGGGACAGAAGUCAGAGGACAUCUCUCCACCGACUGUCCGGCAGCAGCUGCCACUCGGAGAUCUCCAGGAUUGUUCCUCUCAAGCCAGAGCGGUCAAAGAGCGUAGCGGGUAAGGAUGAAAGGGACAGGCCAGGUCAGGAAGAGCUCACACGGGUCAUGAGAAGAGAAUACCGCUGGUCGGUGGGCUCUCCAGAGGGAUCCUGCGACCUGGCCUGGACUGACUCCGCUGCCUUCCAUCCAGCGUUUGCUGCAGAUCUGGAGGGCAUCGCUAAAGCAGAACAUCCUGAUGAUAGCUAUCAGUCUGGCAGAGGACCUGCAGAGAGUCUGUCGUUCGGCUCAAAGAUUUCAGCGCUUCCCAAAAUGGCUCCCCCAGCCCCGCCAGUGAAAACACAGAAGGCCAGAGAGUCUGGACUAAUACUGCGGAACAGCCGAAAUGCCGGCAGGGAGCCGAGCCAGGACGCAGCCAAGAAGAGACACUCGGAGCCCGUCUCUACUCCUGCCAUUUAUGAAGAGCCGUUUGCUGAUUUCAAGAAGGAGCUCGGGGACAGGAGGCCUCAGCCGAGCAUAGCCUCAGAGGAGGAGCAGGAUCGGGACACGGUGGCCUGCAUGAGGGAAACCCACCUGGGCAUCGAGCGCAAGUGCUCCAGCAUGACGGUCAGCUCCACGUCCAGCCUGGAGGCCGAGGUCGACUUCACCGUCAUCAUGGACCUCCACUCCGGCGUGGAGGACUUCUCUAAGUGCAUGACGGAGCUGGGAGAGAGGGAGCGACAGCCCGAGGUGGGCCGGGAGGACUUCGAGGAGACCUCCAGGUUCUACUCUGCCCGUCUAAUGGGCACCCUGGACAGGUCUCCCAUAGAGGAGAAGCUUCUUGAGGAGGGAACUCAUCAUGAGCCUCCUGUGGCAAAGAAAGAAGCCAGUGCUGUGAACGUGGCCCAUAUGCUGAAGAGGGCCGACUCCAAGACGGAGACGCAUACGAAUGGAUCGGAGAUCCACCCCAACAUCACGAAUGCCUCACCGCAGAACUAUGGAGCCGUCAGCCCGCUGGUGGCUCCUGCUGCCCUCAAAGAAAAUGGCUCCCCUGUAAAAGCUGGACCCCAGGGGAGAGAGUCUGUUGUGUCCCCGCUGACCAUCACCGCUGAGAGCGUCACCUCAGCAACCACAACUCAAGUUACCAAGACUGUGAAGGGAGGCUACUCGGAGACCAGAAUCGAGAAAAGGAUUAUCAUCACAGGAGAUGAUGAUGUGGACCAACAUCAGGCCCUCGCCAUGGCGAUCCAAGAGGCCAAGCAGCAGCAUCCCGACAUGCUGGUGACAAAAGCAGUGGUUAUCAGGGAAACAGAGUCUCCCACUGAGGAGCUGCAGCAGCAAGCAGAGUCCUGAUCGGCCAUGGUGGCUCCUGAGACGGGGGGGACAGGAGAGGAUCCUCCAGCUGUGUGUCUCCUGGCCCGCCCCGCAGUACGUACGCCACCACCCAGAUACGAGGACUCUCUCUACCCCGCCUGCGUAAACACCGACACGAGAACAGACUGCGUUCCAUGAAGCAGUAGACCUCCACUCCCGUCCCUCCAGACAAACCUACUGUGACUCGGCCUCUGACCUGACCCGGCCUCCCGCCUGUCCCGUCCCCAUCCCGGCCCAAACCCAGCCCUCACCAGCCCUCCACCUCCUCAUGGAACAGGAAACGUCUUGUAAUGGAUGAUUUACCACUUGGUUUAAACAAGUGGAGUGAGGCAAGAUUGAAAGUAAAGCCCGGUCACAGCUAUUUGAAUUCACCACCGUAAGAGUCAUUUGUCUGAAACUUUACUUGCAUAUUAUUUAAUCUAAUACAUUCUGACUCCUUUGAACCUUGAGGGUCAUUUGAAUUGAUGAGUUUUCAACCCCAAACUCCCCUCAGCCUCAAUACCCUUCCCUCACAAAUGACUUCUUUCAAUUGUAACAUCCGUCACAUAUUAAAUGAAUGAGAUAUAAGAGCAGAGGAGGGUUGAGUGAGAGGAUGGGGACAAUGCUGGUGGUGGGGUGUGGCGGGGAGGUUGGUGCCAAGUGGCGAGAGGCGGCCUUUUGCUCGAUGUUGCCACCUCCUGGCUGUGACACCUUCAGUAUAAUCAACAGCUGUCUUAUUAGCUUUUUACAUUUUUAUCUAUAGAGGAUCUAAUUUAUGUCCAGUGUUUGCUUGUUUAUGAAAUAUGUAUAAUAUCAGAUGAUUAUAAUCUGCAUGAUUCAAUAAAAAAAUAGCAGAGGGAAUGAAAAAAAUAAAUAAAUACACAACAUUUGAAAUCCAUAAGAAGCUCUGAGAUGAUGGGACUGAGCACCUACAGAGAAAUCACUGGGCCAAUGAGUAGUGGACACAUAGUGAUGUUGAUGGAGUCCACUGAAGAAGGACAGAUGUUUAACGCUUCAGUGGACAGCUGGGACUCUGCUUUGGUACCAGUCUCCAACGUACAAACAACUCUGUCCUCGUCCCGUUCACCGUUACCGUUUUCAUUUUUGACAUCAACUCGCAAGAAACGCUGGUCACACGUUUUGGGCACAGUUAUAGGAUUUUUAGAGAUAUUUUAAUAUAAAUAAUGUUUUAUCUAAUAUGUUUCAGAAAUGUGCUGAUAUGUUUUCAUCUGAUUUUACUGACUUCCAUCAUGAAACACAGUUUGUGUGUUAUUCUUGUGUUUUUGGACGUUUCAGUCUGGAACCUGUCUCUUUUUUUUUUUUGCUCGACGCUGCGUCUCACUGGAGAUCUCACAAAGUUAAUCAGAGAGAUCUCACCCGAAACUAGAAGGUAGUUAAGUCGUGAUGCAAUGAAGAGAAAUGCAGUGAAUUGGGGGACAGCCUGGCCUUUGGUCGCUUUUAUUGUGCCUGUAAUAUCUGGCUGUCUGUGUAUGCUGUUCAUUCAACAUUUAAAAGCAUUUGUGGUAUAAAAAUAUAGAUAAUAGCGGCUUUAAACAGCAACUUUUAUAUUUUCCAGUUUUUAAUAAUACCUGCAUGUUCAAAAACACUGCCUGAAACGUUUCAGACCACAAGAUUAACAUGGGUACUUUUUUGUUUUCUGUUGGAUUAACUCUUUUAAGUUAUGAUGUAUGAGUUUGUAUUUAUAGGAGUGGUGAAUGCGAGGCCUGUGCUUUUCCUCCCCGUAUCCCCCUGACAGACAAAGCCGAGACUCAUAGUGCGACAUACAUAAAGCGCCGCCGUCUAUCCACAGAACCUGUUGGCUGUCUCACAUAACAUAUAUCCUGGAUGACCUUUAAUAAUAUACUAUGCAUCACUUAUCAUACAUGAGAAUCCCUCUGAUGGAGCCUGACCCAUGUUAGCCGUGUUGCCGUCAUUGUUAACUUUGUGCUACUGUUAACCGGAGCAGUGAAGCGCACUGCUUGUGAGAUUUGCAAUAAGCAGCCAUUAUUAUUCUUAUCCUCUGUCCUUUAAAGGGAGAAAACUGUGAACUCUCAUGUGUACCGAAGCGUAACCAAAACCUAUAACACAGAGUUAGUGAUAUUCAAAAGGAGCUUGUGACCAUGGCUUGUCGUCUAAUCCUCCCAUCCCCUGACUUGAAACUGUCGACCUGCUGUUGAUGUGUCUGAGGAAAUGAGAUUCCCCAAACUGAUUAUUUGUAUAUUCUAUUUUGCUCUGUUUUUUGUUUUUUUUCCUCUGGUCAUCUGACACUGGACUGUUGUGAAGGCACUUGCUUGCAAUGAUAGCAGCACAUACUGUAAACUGUUGGUAAAAAUGACCUGUCUUUGCUGUGGAUUCACUACUGAUGAAAGAGAAACGGCGUCAGGAGAGUCGUUGUGGGCGAGGUGGCGAGUUGAAGGAUGGAGGGCCUGUAUUUAUAUAUAUAAAUAUUCAUACUUCUGUGUAUUAUCCUGUAAACUAUGUAGAAAUAGACAGGAGCAGGGAUGUGUUUUUAGGUUCAAGGGGAUGAGGCAGUAAGUAUAAUCCGAAGGACAGCAGUGCACUAGAAGUGUUGCAUGAAUGGGUGCCUUAUGUUUGGAGUUAUGGGAGCUGGAGCCACAGUUAUCAGUGCUCCGCUGAAAGUGCUGUUAAUCACCAGAUGUAGAAACGACCUCUCCUCAGUCCAAGGUGAGGGGAAGCUGUCUUGAAAGUGAAUUACUGUCUUGUAAAGAAUGUGACAUUGAGCGUAGUGAUGAAGAAGUCUCUCUGAAUCUGGUCUAUUAAGUCCUCAGCGAGAUGAAAGCAUUUAUUAGCCCCAUUAACGUAGAAAACCAGCAUAGUUCAGAUUAUGGAUAUGAGCUUCUUUUUUUUUUUCUGUGAAGAGCAUCAAACUGCUCCGCUGUUUAGCCUCUACCUUCAAUUCUCCACUGCCUUUUGCUCUACAUCCCCCUAGUGCUUGGUGGUGUGUAUUUGCUGUAUUUGCAUUCAGUCUAAAUGGAAAACAUACAUGCAUAAAUAAAUGUCUCAGUAUGAUUCAAA